GACAAAGCUCACUCGAGGAUUAAAGCUAUUGUUUUGGACGAUCUUGCAAAGUCGCUGCCAGUCUGUCGAUUAUGCUUUUCGGCCUUGGUGCUUCCACCGGUCGAGCAAAUUAUUACGAGGACUAUGGGCACUGCUUUUCAUGUUCUGUGGCUGUUAUUACCAGUCAUUACAAGAUCGGCUUGGGGUUUUUAUGAGGAUUUCCCAGCGGCUGACAGGAAUAUCUACAACGAGACUUAUGCUUUCCGCAUUCUUGCCCGACAUGGAAUCCAAUCCCCGGCAGAGACGUCUUCCUUUGAAUACAAGGGUGGUCGUUUACUUGUAGAGCCCAUCACUGUCUACUUCUUCUUUAUCGGUAACUGGACUAAGCACGCCAAGCAAGCAGUUCGUUAUGCAAUUCUUUCGCUUAAUGACGAGUCACCCGGCAAGCUUGACAGAAACAAUACAGGGUAUCCGACACUCUCGAAAUGGUGGAAGGUUGCCACUCAGUACGCCGACGCUACCUCUCGGCCUGUCUCGAGCAGUAUUUCGCUCGGCAGCGAAUGCUCACUCAGUUUACGGGAGCUCGAAAUGCCAAAGCUGCUGGGAACUUUUGCACAGGCGUUCAACCGCUCCUCUCCAAUUCAGGCAAACUGCACUAAGGUGUUUCGGGCAGAAAACACUGCAGUAUAUCACGUCCUCUUCAGCAAGCACGUUACAUUUCUGCGUACCGGUAAAGAUUUUCUCCCUUUCACGAACUGUGCCGGCCGCGCCAGUUUGUUCCGAGUCGACGAAUCCGGGCCAAAGAUCAGCUUGGCUUGGGUGAAAGUGCCCUUUCACAAGGAAUACUGCAACCUGGUGACAAGGUUUGGAGAGUCUUACACGCCUCCGAAUGGAAAGAGUGGCGGUCUCGACUCACUAAUCAGCAAAGUUCUGGCACAAACUGCCGACAUGGCUACCAACUGGGACUUCAAAGGAUGGGUGGCGUCAAGCAACUCACAAACUUCGGUGGCUCAACAAUGUCCUUCUCCAACCGGCUCGGAGGACUCCGUCAUGCCCGUAAUUCAUGACCGCGAGAAGAUGAUAAGCUGGAAUGUCUACGGAAGGAAUGGAGCGCGCUACCUCGUUCAGCAGCUUUGGAACCAGGAUCAACGGAACUGUGCUCUCAAACCUCUCAGAUCAUGCCAAGGCAAACGGAAGCUAACGACAGUCACGGGAACUAUUAUGGUUAGUCUUAUUGUGGAUUCAACUCCUGGCGCGAAGGUUGGCUUGCAGCCUUACAAUUCGAACCUUCAUUGUCAGUGGACCGUGAGUGUCUCCAACGCAGUUCACAUACGCAUCCACCUGAACUAUUUGGCCCUUGGCCCGGGUGAUACAGUGGAAAUUUCUUACGAGUGCAGACACAGAAUUUGCAAGAGGAUCGUGCUAAAAGGCUAUUCACCUGGAAAGAAGCUAGUCGAUGCAAAGGGUGCAAGUUUUCACAUCAACUUUACCAGCGGAUCACAAGCUUCUCCCAACAGAAUGGGUUGGAUGAUCAGCUACAAAGCAGGCUUUUGUAAACGCAGUGUUGAUGUACGCCAGGCAAGAGGAUCGAUCAACGAUGGCUCUCCAAAAGGCGUCAAGUAUAUGAAGGGCUCAAACUGUUCGUGGCACUUCCAUGCACUGCAAAACAGUAAGGUCCGGCUUUACUUCACCAGACUGGAAACCAUUGCAAGCAGCGACAUGAUUCGAGUCUACCACCCUGACCAUCACAAGGUCCUUGCAGAGUAUUCGGGAAAAGCCGAGCUCCCACGUCAGGCAUUCAAAGGUCCUAUAACGCUGGAAUUUUCCAGCCAAACAGGAGACGGCGAUGGUUGGGCUCUAAACUACGUGAUGGAUUCUCCACAAACUACUACGCAAUUGUCAUAUACAGCUAGAUCUGCGGCAGUGACUGCACUGGGAGCUGUAUGUGGUGUGUUCGUACCGGGUGUGGUCUUCCUUGGAGCUGUGGUUCUUUGCUGCAACUUUUCGGUCCUUCCGGUCAAACGCUCAAAGAUCCAGCCAAGUGAAGAAAAGCCGCGACUCCACACAAGAAGACAGUUUUCGCUGGAAGAGCUCCGAGAGGCGACCAUGGAUUUCUCUCCGGCGAAUGUGGUGUCAGACUCAGAUGGAAACGUUUUCCGGGGUACCUUGCAAGACGGUCGUGUUGUUGUCAUAAAGAAGAAGGUGUCCGAGCUUGAGCUUGACAUCUUGUUGCGCAUUCGCAGUGCAAGCAUCGUCAACCUGGUCGGCUUCUCGUCCGACGCACAGCAGAAGUGCCUUGUCUUUGACUACAUGCAUCUCGGCCGCUUGUCUCGACGACUUUUCGACGAUACGCUGCCUCCGAUCAGCUGGGGGAACAGGCUUCGAAUCGCUCUCCAGAUAUCCAGAGCAGUCGAGUACCUGCACACUUACGCCGAGCCACAUAUCGUUCACCUCAACAUCAGCGCCGAAAAUGUUCUCCUCGAUGGCUCCUGGAAUGCAAAGCUGAGUGGAUUCGGCAGAGCUCAAAGCAGCAGCGUUGCCAUCAAACCGGCUCUGAAGCUGCAAGACGUGUACAGCUUUGGCAGCCUGGUGCUCGAGCUGGUGACGGGAAAGGCUUCGAGCGAUCGAAAACACAAGAGAGAAGCCUUGGCCGCGAUAGAGGCAGGCAUGGGACACACUAUCAUGGACAAGCGGCUCGAGAAUGAAAACCAGAUUGCGAAGAUGGGAGAGAUCGCUGCGUGGUGCAUGAGCGACAGUACGAGACAACCAAGCAUGGUUGAAGUUUCUUCCACGUUAAGCCAAGUUACCGCAAUGGUUCUACGCUCGGCAUCGAAGAAACAGCGUCCGCCACCUGGGAAAAGCAGAGACUAGAAGCAGCAAAGC